UAAUGCUGGUCGUCUCAACAGAAGCGGCGUAUUGUACAGCCCUGUGGUGGAAAGUUGGCCACACAGGGCGAGCCUGGAGCACAAGGCCCCCCGGGACCUCCUGGUCCACCCGGACCACCAGGAAACCCAGGUCUGAGUGGAGCCAGCGGUCCACCGGGUAAACAAGGUGAACCCGGAAAACCAGGCAAAGACCCACAGCUUUUACCAGGACUAAAGGGUGAACCAGGUGUGCCAGGAGAAAAGGGGGAUCGAGGUGAUGUUGGCCCACAAGGUCCCAUUGGCCCAAAGGGUGAAAAAGGAGAUCCAGGCAUGGCAGCUCACAGAAUUAAAGGAGAACCUGGCUCACCAGGCAUGCCAGGACAAAUGGGACCCAAGGGUGAUAAAGGUGACCAUGGGAACAAGGGGGAAGCAGGUCCUGAAGGCCCAGCUGGACCCAGAGGUCUUCCAGGUCCAAUGGGAGAGCCUGGAAAGUCAGAAAUCCAUAACAAUGAAAAUGAUAUCCAAAACAUACCUCUGAUGGGUCCUCCAGGAUUACCUGGACCUCCAGGGCCCCCCGGGCUACCUGGUGCCAAAGGUGAAGUUGGAUUACCAGGUCCUCCAGGAUUGGAUGGAGAGAAGGGACCCAGAGGGAAGCCUGGAGAAUCUGGUCCACCGGGCCCAGCUGGUCCUGAAGGUCACAGAGGGGAUGAUGGUGUCAUGGGCUUCCCAGGAGCCAAGGGAGAAAAGGGGGAGAUGGGAUCAUCUGGAUCACCUGGUUUAGAUGGCCCUACGGGUGAAAAGGGAGCUACAGGGGCCCCUGGCCCUAUUGGAUUACCAGGCAUAAUGGGUCUUAAAGGUGAGCCUGGAGAGGGAGGAAGGCCGCAAAUGAUCUAUGGUCCUCCAGGACCUCCAGGACCAGUGGGACCUCAAGGACCUUCUGGAUUUAAAGGAGAGCCUGGCAUCGGCAUCAGAGGAGAGAAGGGAGCGACAGGUCAGAAAGGUGAUAAAGGAGACAGAGGUCAUCUUGGACUUCCUGGGGCUCAUGGGUUAGACGGCAGACCAGGUCCAGUGGGUCUAAUUGGACCAGCAGGUAUGCCAGGACCAGCGGGACCAAAGGGGGAGAGAGGUGAAAAAGGAGAUGCAGGCUUUCCAGGACCAACUGGGCCUCAAGGCAUCCCUGGUUUAAUAGGACCACCAGGAUUCAAAGGCAACCGGGGAGAGAGGGGCAAGAAAGGCAACAGGGGGGCCAAAGGGGAUAAGGGAGACCAAGGAGCACCUGGAUUAGAUGCCCCCUGUCCGUUGGGAGACGAUGGACUACCUGUACCAGGAUGUUGGAAUAAAUGACGAUAACUUUGGAAUGCCAUGUGUGACUGUAAAUAGAAUAUUUAUUUUUUUACUUUUCAACUUUUCUGUUCUACUUGGAAAAAUUUCAAAAAUCCCAAAACACGGCAACGUUUUUGUACAGAUUGUUUAAUACCUCUUAUGAUGUUUAUGUAUUGGAUUUUUGUAUCUAUGCAUUAUUUUAAUAUAGCUGGAUGAGGAAAAUGUAUAAUGUGGCUGCAUAUGCAUGAUAUUUGUGCAUCAUGUGAAGUGGAUAAUGUUUAUUAACUUAUUGUACUCUCUCAUUUGUUGUAAUCGACCAUGCUGCACUGAUGUGUGAGGCUGGAAAGAUAAUGUGUUUGUCUUUGUUGAACUGUCCUCAUUAUGAUAUAAUCUGAAAAAGCAAAGAAAAAAUCACACACUGUCA